AUGAGCUCGUUAACAUGUUAUACCCAUUUACAAUGUGAUCGUGGUACGCCUUUGAUUUGUCUUGACUGGACUGAUAUUUGUAAUGGAAUCAUUGAUUGUCUUGAUGGAGGACAGGAUGAAGAAGAUUGUUGGCAACUUGAAGUUAACGACUGUCUAGAUACCGAAUACCGAUGUCGUAAUGGGCAGUGUAUACCCAAAGAUUUCUAUCGGGAUGAUGAAUAUAAUACUGGCGAUAUGAUGAAUCUCGAUUGUCUCGAUGGAUCUGACGAACUGUUUGACGAUAAUAAACGUAACAGAUGUGCAAGACGUGAACCAACAUUUCAGUGCGAAGAAGCCACAUGUCGUAUUACACCAACAAUUGAUACCCGAGAAUUUAAGACAUUGUCAUCAAGUUCCUGUAUCAAUGAACGCGGCAAGUUACUCAUGCAAGCAAUGCUUUCAGUUAAAGAAAAUUCGGUGAACGAUACAUGUUGGCGUGCACUCAUGUGCAGCGCUUUUACUCUAAUGGUUACUGAUGAUUCACCAUGUUACGGCUUUUGCUAUCCUGGAUCGUGUACACACUAUAUCGAAAACAAUUGUCCAGAUUUGAUACUUCUGCCAGCUGUACCCUUGCUGUUCGGUCAUGUGCACUUAAUCUACACCAAUAAGAUCAUCGAACAUUUAGUAGGCAUUCUCACUCCUACAUAUGUGUGCUAUAAUAAUCAACAUUGCAGCGAAAUGCCAACCACAAUCACGUUGCCAUCCUUGAAUAAUGCCACAUGUCGCCCUUACAGUGAACUUCCAUAUCCAUUAACAGAUAUGAUUACCGAAUGGGACACAAUAUUCAACCAUGUACAAAGUGUCUUUCGCACCUGUACACCAAUCGUCAACAAUUAUUCGACAUUUUGUAACAUAUCCACUAUGUACCAGUGCUUCGGUUCAUCCAAGUGCAUUUCAAUAUAUCGUCCCAAUGACGGCAUACGAGAUUGUUAUCAUGAAGAUGAUGAAAACUUCGUCGCAACUACUGAACAAAGUUUAUCAAAACCAUUCAAAAACUGUUACAAAUGUCAAAACUCGAAUAAAUGCAUUAAUCAUUAUUUUCUCAAUGAUGGUUUAUCUCAAUGUCCACAGCAAGACGACGAAACUAAUGAUCAUUCCGUUAUAAAGCAUGUUUCCUUUCAAACAAUUUGCGAUGGUUUCACCGAACUAUGGCCAGUGACUAUCGAAGGUCGAGAGGAAACAGACGAAACACAAUGUGAACAAUGGCCAUGCAACAAUGUAUACACCCACUGCGAUGGAAUUUGGAAUUGUCUCAAUGGAUCUGAUGAACUUAAUUGUAAUACUACGUUGCCACGAUCCAAUUGUACAUCUCAUCAGCAUCUGUGUGUCUCACCCAUAACAAAUAAAUUCAUGUGUUUAUCUAUUGAGCAAGCCAAUGAUAACUUUACUAAUUGUCUUGGUGCAACUGAUGAGCCUCGAAUAUGUAGAAUAAGUCAAAACCCACGUAACACAUACAGCUUUUACUGUGAGAAUGAUGGGCAUUUACCGUGUAUUCAUUAUAACAAUCUGUGUAAUGGCUAUAAAGAAUGCAAGUAUGGCGAAGAUGAAGAAUUUUGUGAGCCUGUUGACUAUCAGGAAUAUUGUUUUAAAGAAGAUCCACCGUUUGUCUCUGAUGUCAGAUUGUUUUUUUGUCACCGUCUCCAAGAUCAAAGAAAACGGUCGCAGGUAUUCUUCUUACUUGGUCCGACAAAUAAUUUCAUCAGACAAACAAAUGUGCCCAAACAAAAACAGAAUACUCUAUUGCCAUCGGCAUCUAUAACUCGAGCUACUUCUCAACGUGAGUAUCGUUGUCAUCACGGUAUCGAUAUACGCAUCUGGUUGGGUAGUAAAAAGAAUUCGACAACAAUCACUAGUUGCCUCUGUCCGCCGAACUUUUAUGGUAACACAUGCCAAUAUCAGAAUCAACGAGUGAGCCUCACCAUUCAGAUUCGAGCACCACCCAAUGAUGGACGUACACCAUUUGCAUUUGUUGUCUCACUUAUCGACAAUGAUGAUCAAGUAAUUAAUUCUUAUGAACAACUCACCUAUCUCUCGGCAAAAGCCUGUCAAAAGAAAAUUAAUAUCUAUUUACUUUAUCUGACUCGACCAAAAAAUAUGACAAAACACUAUUCAAUACAUAUUAAUGCAUAUGAGAAGAUAUCAUUAGUCCAUCGAACAAGUUGGCUGAUACCACUUAAUUUUCCAUUUUUACCCGUGCAUCGUAUCGCCACUAUUCUUACCAUUCCAGCGAGGAAUGAUGUUGCGAAAAGUUGUUUGAAUCACCUAUGUAUUCACGGACAAUGCACCAAGUAUGCUAACAACAACACAAUUGACACCAGUUUUUGUCUUUGCAAUCAAGGAUGGACUGGGCGGUACUGUAAUAUUUCAUACACAUGUAACUGUGCGAAUAACUCUCUAUGUGCUGGUGUACUUGCUGAAAAUCAAUCUAUAUGCGUUUGUCCUCUUGGUAUAUUCGGUGAAAGAUGUUUUCUCAACAAUAUAGUGUGUCAAUCCAACCCGUGUGACAAUCGUGGACAAUGUAUGCCCGUUGAUGAAAACACUGCAUCAAACAAAUUUACAUGCAUCUGCCCCGAAGGCUUCAGUGGAAAUACAUGUCAAAUUAAUGACACAAAAAUAGUUGUUUCAUUUGAAAAAGGUAUAACUCUAUCACAAUCAAUAAUUGUUCAUUUUAUUCAAGCAUCAAAAUAUAAACUCCACGAGCGUAGCACUAUUUUCAAAAAGAUUCUGGUCGAUCAAAACUCAGCGACGAUCUAUUGGUCAUAUCCAUUCGCUGUUAUGCUUAUCGAAACUUCUGAGAGUACUUAUUAUUUGGCUGUUGCACAAGAGACAUAUGUUGCAUCGACGACGGUUAUGAGUACCAUCAAUCCAUCACAUCGAUGCGCCCAUAUAAAUGAAUUAUUUAAUAAGACAUUCGUCAAAUCACAUAUUCUUCAUCGUAUUAAGUACUAUCAUACACCGUGUCAAAACCGUUCAUCACGACUGUUGUGUUUCUAUGAUGAUAUUCAUAUUUGUUUGUGCACCACUUUUGAGCAGAAACGAUUGGCAAAUUGUUUCGAAUUUGAUCAUCAUAUGAAACAUGACUGUAUUGGUCAAAAUACAUGUGAAAAUGGAGCUAAAUGUUUUCAAGACAAUCUCAAAUGUCCACAAGCAUCACUAUGUAUGUGUCCUGAAUGUUUCUAUGGAACACAAUGUCAGUUUACUACAAAAGGUUUUGGCCUUUCGUUGGACGCCGUUUUGGGCUAUCAUAUUCAACCUCAUGUAGCCCUUCAACAUCAAUCCUCAACUGUACAGCCACACCCACUCCUGGCUUUAGCCGAUGCAUCUUGUUGUAAAGUAGAUGAAAUUGUAAAAACACCGAAAACAAGCGUUGGUAAUGCUACAAAUAAAAUUAUUGCUUUAUUUGUUUCAUGA